AGGACAAAGAAUGAUCGAAAUGACCUCGAUGCAUGCGGCGCCAACCGGACAUCCCGAGUAAGAAAAAAGAUGCAUUCGUUUCAUUGUAAAAAUAAUAAUAAUAAUAUCUGGACGGUGAUGAUACAUCCAAGUGUGCCAAGUUGCCAACCUUUGUGAAGAAGCGUCGUUUUGCUCCACGCCUGCCACGUUUGCUAAAUAAAUAACUAAAUUUUAAUUUAUUGAGUUAUCUGGUGUUGUAGCUGGUAAAAGAGAUAGACACAAACAUAACCUACACUUGUUGAUCCAGUUGAUGAGUUAUAUACUUUGAUCUCCAGGUAAUUAAAAAAUAAAAAUGCAUAGACACAAUCAAGAGUAUAACAAAAAUCGUUCGAAUGAACCGCAAGUUGAACUGGAAAGUCAGUUCAUAUUACGACUUCCAGAGGAACCAGCGAAAGUCUUAAGAGAAGUCUUGCAGUCGGGGAUGCCGCUCAAAGAUCGCUUGAGCAUUAAAAUUGAAAAUGACAUGAGAUAUGGAGAAGUUAGGUUUGACCACUGGCUGUUACAUGCUAAGGUUGUAGAUUUGCCGACAGUUGUCGAGUCUUUGAAGACAAUUGACAAUAAGAGUUUUUACAAGACAGCUGAUAUUUGUCAGACUGUAAUUUGUAAAGAGGAAGACGAUCAUACGACAGAUGAUGAGUCACCGGUGAGACAAAAGAAAAAAGAUCCGAACAAGGUUGAUAGAAAAUUCUUAUGGCCUCAUGGUUUGACGCCGCCGACAAAAAAUAUACGGAGACGGCGUUUUAGAAAGACACUGAAGAAAAAGUAUGUCGAAGCUCCUGAGAUUGAGAAAGAGGUCAAAAGGUUGUUGAGAGUUGACAACGAUGCAGCUAAUGUUAAGUGGGAAGUUAUCUGUGAGGAUGAAGACAGCACGAAGCCUAAUAAAAUAUCUAAUUCGGGUACUGUAAAAGGUAAACGAGAUGCUAAUGGAUCAUCGCAGAAUGUUGAUGUUGCUGAGCACGACAUAUUCGGAGAAGCUGUCAGCGAUAGUGAGGAUGAGGACGAAGAGACAAACAUCAAUGUCAUGGAGCUGGAUGAAACCAGCCGUCUGUCUGCUGACAGUCGUGUCUCAGACUCAAAUUCAAUGCAAGUCGGUUUCUCAGAACGUUCUGGACAGGACACCAACACAUGCAGCCAAUUGCUUACCGAAUUCAGCAAAGAUAUGUUCCCCUCGCAGACUUCUGAUGAACAGGACAACAAAUCUAGUGUUGAAGGAGUUCAAAAAGUACCCAAGAUUGAAGACUUUCAUUCAGAAUACAUUAUUCCUGAUGACUCUGAGACACCAUCAAUGUCUUCCAACAAAGGUUCACUAUCAUCGCGUUUAGUCACGCUCCACAACGAACUAGCGGAAAUACGUCAACGUAAACAGCAGCAGGAAGCUGAAAUAGCAAAUAUUGAUAAUCUUAAAUUACGUCAGAGAUUCCAAGAGAUCCUCGACAAUCUCGGAAUACAGGAAGAGCAGAAAGUGCAAGAGAUCCAAGAAUUAGAACUGGCGAGUAAGUACGCGAUUGAAUAAUACUCAUGUGCACUGAUGAGAUGAAUAAUGAUGACAAAUAAUCAACUACUUGACGUAAUAAAUACAUUUGUAUAUAUAUAUAUAAUAAUAAUAAUAAUUG